AUGGAAUCGAAAAUCAAAUCUAUUAAGAAAAAGAUUGAAGAAUCUAAUCAUUUUCAAAUUCAAAGAGAAUCAGUACUAUUAAUAUAUCAAUUAUUACAAAAUGAAAAAUCAACACAAAUAUUUGAUUCAAGUGUAAUUUUAUUCCUUCAAUUAAUUUAUAAUCCAAAUACCCAUGUUAUCGAAACAACCAUCGAAUGUAUUAUAAAUUUAAUUAAAGAUAAAAAAUUAAAUAGAGAAUUUGUAUUGAAUAAAUUGAUUGAAUCUAUAUCAUCAUUAGAGAGAGGAAAUGUUGGAAUAAUUGUAAAAGUUAUUAUAUUAUUAUCAAUUGAUAUUGAAUAUAUGUCAAAGAUAAUUAAAGAAACCAAUAAUAAAGGAUACUCAAUAUUUCCAUUAAACACAUUAACUAAACAACAUGCACUUAGUAAACCUGAAAUUUAUGAUUCAUUCUCUAUGGAGAUUGAAGAAUUAUUAAGUGAUUCAAAUAUACCAUCAUCAUUAUUAGAUCAAAGAUUCGAAUUUUUAAAACCUUUAGUUUCAAAUUUAUUAUUAAAUAUUAAUGAAUUACCAUUAGAAACCUCAUUAUUACAUAAUAGUUUAAUAAGAAUAGCUCAUAAUAUUUCAACAUUAUAUCAACCAAUUUUAUCACAUUUAUCAUCAUUAUUAUAUCUUUAUAAUAAUAAUAAUAAUAAUAAAAAUAAUAAAAAUAAUAAUGGUUCAUAUCAAAAAAUUCAAUAUAUUAGAGAUUUAAUUGAUUUAAUUAGAUUCCCACCACAAUCAUCAAAUCAACUAAAUCAAUGUAAUGAAUUUCAGAAAUCAAUUUUAUCAAUAAUUUAUUAUUUAAUGAAUGUUUUUAUUAGUGGUUUUAAUGAAAAAGAGAUAUCAAUUAGAAAUAUGGCAUUAACUCAAAUUCAAGAUUUAAUUGAAUUAUCACCAAUUUCAACUACAUUACUUUGGAAUCAAUCAUCAUUGAAUAGUAGUAGUCAAAAUUUAAAUACACCUGUAUUGGUGGUUUUAUUAUUAUACUUGCCAUCAUCAUUGGUUUGUUUUCAAAAAAAGAUUUUAAAUAUUUUACAAUCAUCAAUUGAAUCAUUAUCAUCAAUUGAUUUAAAACAAAUUUUAAAAUCUUCAGAUAGUAAUAAACAAGUUAUAUUACAUACAUUAAGAUUAUCACUUUCACCAAUAAUUAGAAUCAUUUCAAAUUUUAAUCAACAACAACAACAACAAGAACAAGAACAACAAUUACAAAAUGAAAAUUUAAAAAAACUAUUAAAACAAAUUGAAACUUUAAUUUUUACAAUUUCAACAAAUAUUGAAAGAAAUCAAGAAAUCAAUUCAAAUCAAGAUAUUGAUGAUGAAGAUAUUGAAGAAUUAAUUUUUAAUCAAUCAUUACCAACAUUAGAUAUUUAUUUAUUAGAUAAUUUUAUACCAAUUAAUUUAGCAUGGAAUUUAUUAAUGAUGAAUAAUAAUGAUAGUAGUAGUAGAAGUAGUAAUGGUGGUGAUGGUGGUGAUUAUUUAAAAUAUGAAAUUAUACCAAGUUGGUUAGAAAUUAUUAAAUUUAAUAUACUAAAUCAAAAAGAAAUUAUUGAAGAACAAGAAGAAGAAGAAAAAGAAAAAGAAAAAGAAAGAAAAUCUUUAAUUAAUAAAAGUAAUAUUAAUUUUUCAAAUGAAUUUUUAAUUUACUUUUUAUCACCAUUUUUAUUUUAUAAAUUUAAUCAACAAAAUGAAAUUGCAAGUGAAAUUAGAAUAAAAACAAUUCAUUUAUUACCAUCAAUUUGUAGAAAUUCAAUUGAAUCAAUUUCAUUGAUACCAUUAUUCUUUUUUUCAAUUCAAAGAGAAGAAUCUUCAAAUGUAAUCUUAGAUUUAUUACAAUCAUUACCAGAUUUAGCAAAUAAUAAAGAAUGUUUAAAUUCUGUUGUUAAAGUUUUAUCAAUUUUAGAACAACAAACAAAGAAACAACAACAACAACAACAACAACAACAACAACAACAACAACAACAACAACAACAACAACAAUCGUCAUCAAAUAGCAAGAGUAGUAGUAGUAGUAUAAUAAUGCCAUCAUUUUUAUUAAGAUUAUAUUGUAAAUUAUUAAAAUCAUCACCAUUAAUCUUUACAAAAAUUGAAGAAUUAAUUUAUUCAAUUAUUAAAGAAACAACGACAACGACAACAUUAUCAACAAUUGAAAUUGAAAAUAAAAUUUCAGCAGCAAUUACAAUUAAAGAAAUUUGUGAAUUUGAUUCAAAUUUAGGACAAGAAUUAAUUCAACCAUUAUCACAAUUCCUUUGUAAAGAUAAUGAUCCAACUAUACUUUCAAUUAGUUUAGAAGCAUUGAGUAGUUUAUGUGAAAAUGAGAUUCUAUCAUUUACAAGUGCUUGGAAUGUAAUUAAAAAGAAUUUAGGUCAAGAGGAAUCUUUUGAACAAGAUAAAAGAUCGCCAAUGGUUUUAUGCUCACUUUUAGAUUUCUUUUCAAGAGGUGGUGUUUGUGAUUUACGUGGUGAACAAAAUUUAGAACAAAAAACAAUUGAUAUUAUCUCUGAUAUAAUUCGUAGAAUUUGGAAUUUAACUUUUGUGAAAAAUAUUAAUUUACAAGAUAACAAUCAUCAUGAUGAUUCAAAUUUAAAUGAAAAUAAUAAUAAUAUUAAUUUAAAAGUUCAAUCAAAAGCAUUUGAAACAUUAGGAAACUUUAUUAAUGCACCAUUAUUAAAUUUAGAAUUAUUUGAAAAAAUUAAAUCAAAAGUACCACAUCUUUUAAUAAUUUUAUCAAAAUAUCAAAAAAAUCAAGAAUCAAUUGAUGAAAAUUUAAUUUAUUUAUUAAAUUCAUUAUUAAAAAAUGAAUUAACAGAAAAAAGAUCUUUAAAAACUGCUCAUCAAAAUUUAAAACAAACAAAAUCAAUUUCAAUCUUUAGUAGUAGUAGUGGUAGCAAUAAUAAUUGUAAUAAAAUAUUUGAAUUAUUAAAUAAUGAAUUAAUUAAUGAAUCAAGAACUGGUAUUAAAUCUGGUAUUUUAGGUGGAUUAUUAUGGUUUAAUAAUGAUUAUGAUUCUCAAGUUACUACUCAACAACAACAACAACAACAAGAAAAUAAUAAUAAUGAAAUAAAGAAAAGAGUUGAAAGUAAAAAAGAAAUUUUAAUUAAUUUUAAAUUAAAUAAUCAAAUUUUAAAUGAAUCAAUUGAAUAUUUAGAUCUAUCAAGGGAUUUAUUAACAAAGUUAAUGAUUACAUUAGGUGGUUGGAAUAAAUUUAUGAAUCAAUGUUUUCAAGCUUUGAAAAAGAAUGAUUUAAUGAGACAAUCAUUACCAAGUGGUACUAAAUUAUCAAUUAAAGAAACUAAUGAAAAAGUAUUUAAUGAAAUUGAAACCAUGCUAUUAAAGAAUAUUAAUGAAAAUGGUUCUACAAUGGUUAAAGGUGAGAAUUCAGUUUAUGCUUUAAUUUCAUUAGCAAAAACUCAAUCUUCAAUUUGUUAUUCACAAAUGGAAUCAAUUGUAAAUCAAUUAAUUCAAUGGAUUACUAAACCAGAGGAACAUUUUAAAAAUGGUGAAAACUAUCAGUUAAUUCAAUCGGCUUCUUAUUUAGGAUUGGGUAUUCUAUUACCACAUCUUUUACAAGAUUCACCAUUAAUUAAAGAAUCUAUUAAUAUUUUAGAAUUUGCUGCAACUUCAUCAACAAGUAAAUUAGAUUCAUCAAUUAAAUUCAAUUGUUAUUUAUCAUUAGCAAUUUGUUCAUUGAAAUUAUCAUCAACAAAACAUCAAAAUGAAAAGAAAAGAAUUAAUUUAAUAAUUUAUAAUAGUUUUUUAAAUUAUUUUGAUAAUUCAAACAAUGAUGUUCAACAUGCUUUAAAUGAUCAUGACCCAACAUCAUCAAUGAUAUUUGGUGGAUUAUGUUUAGCUAUUGGUUAUUGUUCCGAUAGUUUUGAACAACUUUCAAUGUCAACACAACUCUCUAAAAUUUAUGAAAUCAUUGAAAAGAAAUUAAUUAGAAAUCAACAAUUUUCAAUUGAAAAUAAUUUAGCUCAUAAUUUACUUUUAAUCUCAUUUCCUUCAAUUAUUGGUAGUUGUUUUAAAUUAUCAUUAAUUAAUUCAAAUGAAAUUUUAAAUAAUUUAAUUCCAACAAUUUAUUUAAAUCAAGAUAAACAACAACAACAACAACAACAACAACAACAAUCAAUUUAUCAAUGUAUUGGUUAUAAUAAUUUAAUUCAAAUUUUAUUAAGUAAAGGUUUCACUGGUUUUGAUUUAUCAAUGAUUCAACAAUUAUUAAUUUCAAAUAAUAAAAUAAUGAAUGAUGCAAAUAAUAACUAUUCAACAAAUGUAAUAAUUAAUUCAGUUAUUUCAACAUCAAUUUUAAUUGGUUCACCAAUUUUAACACAAUCAAGUCAAGUUUUAUUUGAAUCAAGUUUAGAAAGUUCAGUUUUAAAUUUUAUAAAUUCAAAUCCAAAUUCUAGAAAAGAAUUUCAAAGUUUAUUAAAUGAAAUUAUAAUUUCAAUGUCAAAUUUAUUUAAAUCACCAAAUACUGAUAGUAAAUUAAUUAGAUAUAUUUCAAUUUGUUUAGGUUCAAUAACUUUAUCAACAACAUAUAAUAAUAACAACAAUGGUUUAAGUGGUGGCGAACCUGAAAAUUUUGAUCAUUUAUCAAAUGACUUAUUAAUUAAAGCUUUAUUUAAUACUUUAAUUGAUUCAACAACAUCAUCAACAUUAAAUGAUUUAAAUUUAACAACAGUUGAAUCAUGUUUAAGAAUUUUAAAUCAAUUAAAUCAAAAUGAUUCAAUUAAAUUACCAAUUGUAAAUUGGAGUACAAUUAUAAAGAGAAUUUAUAGUAAAUUUAGAGAUAAUAUAAAUAUAAAGAAGCAAUGUAUUACUUUUGUAUCCAAAAAUAUUAAACUCUCAACAUUAUCAAUUGUAAUGUCUGAAUGGUUAAGUCUUUCAAACUUUAAUAGUGAAUCUCAAUCAAUUCAAUUGAAAUUAAUUAAAUCAUUACCAUUGGUUUUAAAUCAAUUAUCACCAAUACGUGUUAAUUCAAUCUUUGAUGAAAUCAUUUCAAAUAUAAUUUUAAAUGAUCCAUUUUUAAUUUGGAAUAAUGUUUUAAAUAAAUUAUUUAAUCAAAAUGAUCAAGAUGAUGAUCAAGAUGAUGAUGAUGAUGAUGAUGAUGAUGAUGAUGAUGAUGAUGAUGAUGAUCAAGAUGAUGAUUAUAAAGAUUAUAAUAAUAAUAAUGAAAUUUUAUUAAAUGAAAUUAAAGAAAUUAUUUCAAGAUUUAUGAUUUUAAAUGUAAAGAAUUUACCAUCACCAUUUAUAAAAGAGAAUGAACAAUUAUCAAGUGAUAAUAUGAAAUUAUUAAAGAUUGCAAGUAAAUCAUUGGUACAUCUUUCAAAAGAACAAUUGCAACAAUGUUUAGUUUUAUUAAGUGGUAUUGUUGAUAUUGACUCUGAAGCUAAAAUUCAAUAUCUUUAUGUUUUGGUAUUAGCCAAUGGUAAUGGUCCAUUUGGUAAGGUUACAUUAUCAAACUUUUACAAAAUUAAGUCUUGGUGUUUCUCUUCAACUACCGCUGAACAACAAAGUAAAGUUUUAUCAAUUUUACCCUAUAUCUUAACUAAACCAUUAAUUGAAAAUCAAAAUUCAUUUACUUUUGAUUCAAUCUUAAAUGAUAUCUUUGAUUCAAUCACACUAACUCAAAGACAACAUGUAAUUGGUUUAGAAUUACUUUCACAAUUAAUUUCAACUCAAAUUAAUAAUUCAAUCUUUGAAUUUAAUUCUUUCUUUAAUUUAUAUUUUAAUUUUGAUAGUAAUGAAAUAAAAUAUAAUCAAAUCAAAUCAAUUUGUAAUACUUCAAUAUCAUUUAGAUAUUUAGAAUUGUUACCAUACUAUUUACAAGUAUUUUAUAAUGGAAAAUUAAAUAAUACAAUCAAUACCACUAUUAAAGUUACUGAUUUUAUUGGAAAGUUAUCUUCAUUAUUACAAAACAGAUCAUCAGUAUUAGGUUUAAAAACUAAAUCAAUUAUUUUCUCUUCAAUUUUAACAUUAAAUCAAUUGAAAUUUAUUGAUUCAUCAGUAAAUAGCGCAAAUGAUAAUCAACUUCAACAAUUGAAUAUCUUUAAUCUUUAUAAGAUUUUAAAAUCUUCCCCUUCAAAUAAUAGUAAUUAA